CCCCCCCCCCCAGCCGAUCUCUGCAGUAACAGGAAGUUGUGGUGACUCCUGAGUCUCUUCUCAGUAUCACAUUCAGUUUCCUGCACUCGACUCAAGACAACGACGAACAUAUUCUGUCUUUAUCAUUAUCGUCCCUCCAUCUUCACCUCCUCCAUCAUGGCUCCAUCAGCCAUUCUCUUCCUCCUCCUCCUUGGCGUGCUGACCUCCGCCAGCUCUCUACCUCCUGCUCGGAUCUCCUUCCCCCUCAACUCCACAGGACGUCCUCUCGUCCACUUCAGCCUCCAUGAUGUCCACAACACCACCACACUGUUGUUAAGUGACGAUGGCUCCACCCUGUAUGUCGGGGCACGAGAUGCUGUCCUCUCAUUGGACAUUAGUCAGAGUGAUGUCAUCAGCCUGAGGAGGAAGGUGUCAUGGCGUCCGUCUGAGGAUGACAUCAAGGAGUGUCGAGGUAAAGGGAAGAAUCAAGAGGACGAUUGUCCGAACUUUGUCCGAGUGCUGCAGCUGAUAAACUCCACCCACCUUUACACCUGUGGCAGCUUCGCCUUCAGCCCUCGAGACGCCUUCAUCGACACUGCGAGUUUCUCUUUGGUCCAACACGACGGGGCUAAAGGUCGGUGUCCGUUCAGCCCCUUCCAGAGGAAUUCCGCCAUCGCCAUCGACGGCGAGUUGUUCACCGCUACAACCAGCGACUUCAGAGGCGUCGAACCACAGAUCUCUCGACACUUCAGCAAAGACAGUCGUCCUAACGUCAGCCAGGACACAUCCGUCAGUUUACUGGACGAGCCAACGUUCGUCGGCUCGUCGGCGGACCCGGCGGAGAGGAAGCUCUACUUCUUCUUCAGUGAAGUCGGGAAAGAGUUCAGCUUCGUUGACAAGCUGCAGAUUCCACGAGUUGCACAAGUCUGUAGGGACGACAGUGGUGGACAGAGGACACUGCAGAAGAAGUGGACGUCCUUCGCCAAAGCUUCUCUUCUCUGUCAAUCUCACAAACAGCUUCCCUUCAACAUUCUCCAGGACAUGUUCACCCUGCAGCCACCAGAGGGCGGCAGUGCCUCUGACACCCUGUUCUACGGCAUCUUCACCUCUCAGUGGUCCUCCGGUCCUCAGUCUGCUGUCUGUGUCUUUAAGCUGCAGGACGUCAGGAAGGUGUUCGCUGGGAGCUACAGGACCUUCGACAUGAAGACACACCAGUGGAGUUUACAGCAGGGAAAACACUGGUACCUGGGACAGUGCGGACUGGACAAAGCCACUGAUUCUGAGCUGGAGGAGGUGAAGAGGUCUUUCUUGACCAGCGGUGCAGUCAAACCUGUGACAGACGGCCCAGCAGUUGUUUCCUCGGAGCAUCAGUACAGUCGUGUGGCUGCGAUGAGGACGACGGCAGCUAAUGGCAAGCAGUACACCGUCCUCUUCCUGCUCACAGAGUCUGGAUUCCUGCACAAGAUGGUUUUUCUGGAUCGGGGCGCCCGGUUCAUUGAGGAGAUUCAGGUCUUCACUCAUCCACAGCUUGUGAAAAGCAUCGUACUCUCGUCCAUCAAGGGGGCGGUAUACGUGGGAACGUCUGAGGGUGUCACCUCAGUCCCUGUGGCGAACUGCUCCGUUUACAGAAGCUGCAGUCAGUGUGUUCUGGCCAGAGAUCCCUUAUGUGGGUGGAGUCCGACCGGGAGGGAGUGCACCAGUCUAAACCACGAGCGUGAACACAUUGUUCAGGACGUGGAAAACGGAAACGUAGAAAAAGAAUGUUUACAACAAAUCAGGAACAGUGAGGACAUAGCAGUGGUCAGUGCUGGUCUGAAUGAAGUAGUUAGACUCCAGUGUAUCAAACCAUCCAACAUGGCCACUCUGACCUGGACCUCCCCUCGGUUCAAAAACCUGUCAGAGAAACUCUUCAUCCAAUCAACUGAUGGCAGCCUCAUCUUCCAUGCUGCCGACGCCACCUUUGGGACGUACCACUGUGAGGCAGAGGAGGGCGGGUACAAGGAAGUAGUCAUGAGCUAUACUGUCCAACCAAUGGUUUCUCCACGCUCUAUCAUCCCAAAUGAUCCAAAGGACCCCGGCUACGACAGUGAAGACGAUUCCUAUGAGGAAGUUGUUCCUGAGAAACAACAGACGGCGACGAUACGACCGUCAGGAGACGCAGAGGAUGAAGACGAUGAAUUCACAACCAACCUUAAGGACGAUGUCACGUCCAGCAGCCACAGUCCUAAUCCCAAACGCAACAUCCAGGAUGAUGGUUUGAACGGCACCUUGACCUUCAGGAAGGACAGCCAGUCCUCGAAGGAGACACUCAACGUCCCAGAGACAAGGUACUACAGUGAGCUGGUGGUCGUUUCACUGCUGCUCGGGAUCUGCAUCUUCAUCCUGGCGCUCGGAGGUGUUCACCUGUGGCGACAGAGGAUAGCCGACGUCAAAAGGAAUCCCUGUGCAGACGCUGGUUCUGAGCUAGAGGUGGUGGACACAUCAAGUUAACAGCAGAUGGGAGGCAGAAGAAAAAGAUCCACAGCUCAGAAGAUUUCAAAAUCUCAAGUUUCAAAUGAAAUUCAGAACUCUCAGAUUGUUCAUCAUUUUAUCUUGAUGUUUUGUUUGUUACUUGAUGCAAAAUUAUUCUAUUUUCACGUCAUUCGAACGAGCAGCGAUGCUGUAGAUUUUUCAUAAUGUGAAUAAUAUUUUGUUAUUGUUUAAAAACAUUUUGUAUAAAUUACAAAAACUGCAACAUGUGAAUAUUUACAGUUUAAAUUUAACAAAGAAUCAAAGUUAUUGAUAAUUUCUGAUAUAUUUACACAUUGAUAAUUUUUUUCAAUACCUGCACAGAUUAAAUUUGCUCCUAUAGAGUCUCGAUCUGUAUUGAUGUUGAUCAGAUAUUAAACAUUUUAAUUUUC